AUGGUCCGCGGUGGUCCGCAACUACGUACCUCCAGUCCCCGCCCAUUGAUACUUCAGAAUCACUCAAAGUGGAAAAAUGAUGAGAGCUCGUCGAUUUCGUCGGCUGACUCAGCGCUUGACGAGCUCACAUCGCACAUCGAUCACCGCCGUAACCAUAAAUGGGAAUGGUUGAGAAAAGAAGCGAAAAGUUUUGUGGAUGACGUCAUCAAUGCAUUCGAAACCGGAACUCCUGGCGAGCAGACGACGCAGCAGGAGACGGAAAAAUUGUCAGCUGUUCAGUUGAGAAAGGAUAUUAAGAGAUUUUACUCGGCAGUACACCCGUACCUCGAAGUGUUCUCCGCCCUCUACGACAUUAUCAUGUGGAAGAACCCCCUAUCCACCCUCCUCCUCAUCCUCGUCAUCAUCUACUCCCUAUAUCGUGGAUGGCUGGCGACUCUCCUCCUCGGAUUGUUAAUUUUCCAAUUAUCGAUUAAUUAUCUGAGUUCAGUGAAGAAUAUCGACUUGGGAUGGAUGUUCCUCCCCCGGAAACAAGUCAUCAUGCCGAAAUUCGAUAUAAGUGGUGCCCAAUUAAUUUUUGAUAUUGCGAAACUCGCUCAGAAAUUGUUGAGAUUCGGAACGAAUAUUCUGGAAAAAAUCGAGUCGCUGUUUUUGUGGAAAAAUGAGAAAGUGACACGUGUUUUCUUCAUUUUAUCAUUCUAUUGGCUUCUAUGGUCCCUAUUUUUCACUGCCGGUACUUGUAUUGGAUGGACCGUCCUGGCUAUUGGAAUCCGUAUAUUCUUUACCACGUACUUGUUCCAACGCUUCCCAAAAUUGAAGACUCGUUUCGACACCUAUGGAUAUUUCUACCGUAACCUGCCCAUCCGAUCCGCUAUCACACCGAGAAGUCAGCCAGUUAGUGGCCGGUCUGAUAGGAUUACGAUGACUAAUGUGGCGGCACAUCAUCAUGACUUGGAGGAGAGAUGCCCCACUCCCAGCUCGCGUAGCCUCCAAGCGUAUUGUGGCGAGAAAUUCGAGUCCCGCCUCGGCUCCAAUUUCAAUUUGGAUCAAUCAGCCGCCGUGAAUCUUCUCCUCGGACCAAACCACCGUAACCCGGUCCCUCAUCUUCCAACUCAUUACGACUCUCAUCCUCAUUUGGAUACUCUUCUCGACUCGCCUCCUUUGACCGCCCAUUCUGAGUUGAGUGCUACAGUAUCCCUGGGUGGUCUGACGGUGGCUCCUAGUACUCCACAUGAAUUCGGGGGACCCAGUACUUCUAGACACCCUUCAAAGAGCUCGUCGGUUGAGGAGCAUGAUGAGGAUGAGAAUGAGCACACGUCGGAGUGCGCCGACCCGAUUAUUGAUAAUGUUAUUGCAUUCCGUAGCUGUGUGAUGAACGAGAAGGAGCGUCUGUUCCCAAUGGGCAUCACACCCGGGAUACUGUACCUUACCGACGCCGCACUCGUAUUCCGACCGCGUAAUCAAUCGGAUGAACAGUUGAUGAUGCUCUUCCACGAUUUGAAAUUGGUGAAAAAAACGCAAUCCCUCCGCUCAAUGUCCCUGAUCACUGGAACCCGAAAAAGCCUUGACAUCCACAUGGAAGGCCGUCGUAAACCAGUCCAAUUCAUUGGACUCGCCAAACGCGACGAUUUUGUCACACGGAUUCAGUUGAUGUGUCGCAACGCCGGGGCGAAUGUCGAUUUUGCGGAAUAA